CUAAUCUAUCUAAUAACCCUAAAACCCGAAUCACGCAGACAUCGAUCAGUGAUUCACUCACACUCACCAUUCAAGUUGUUCCCAUUUUCACCUCAUCUCCAGCUUGUCGCCGUCAAAUCUCAUCCACGGUGAAGUCGGUGCAGCGCAGCUAGUCCCCGCUGCCCGCCGGGAUCUGAGCCACCCUCAACCGAAGGAUUUCAAUCGUUUGAUGAAUUAUUGGAGUACUAUAGAGAUGUGCUCAUAGGAAGUUGUUAAGAAAUUAGCACAAAUAUACAGAACUUGACAAGUCUACUGCUGUAUGCAACGCCAAUAUGACUUGCAGCUCGUCAAAGGGGAGAGCACUUAGACAAUUCAUUUUGAGUUCAUCGAAGUCUGCUGGAAGGAAUUCCUCAGGGCAUAUUACGAUUUUCCACCGAGGGGGUGGAGCGAAGCGAUUGCAGCGAAGCAUUGAUCUGAAACGAAGCACUUCGUCUAUAGGCAUUGUAGAAAGGAUAGAAUAUGACCCUAAUCGUUCCUCUCGAAUCGCUCUAGUACGAUGGAUCGAGGGGGUACAGCAAGGCCGCCAGAGGAAAUGCAACAUGAUAGAAGAGUUCGCUCCACCAGCACCGCGUAAGAUCCUCGAACCUACCACGACCACCAUCCGCGGUCCAUUUUCGUUUUCUUCCCUGCCUGGGAAGGUGGAUCAAAGAAAGGUAGCUUCCUUCUCUCCUGGACUGAUGGAGGGUUAUGCAGUGGUUGGCCUUCCUACCGGAAUGCCUCCUUGGUCGAAAGGCCCCUUUACUGGUAAGGGCCCAGGAAGCCAAAAAACUUGCGCGAAGGAUGUUUUCUUCUCUGCCCUCUCCUCUCCAAAGGCCAUGGGAGAGAUUGCACCUCUUUCCUUCAGUAGCUCUUUUGGUUUCCCAAGGAUAGCGGUAGCUGGGGCAAAGCCCGCUUUCUUUGCUCCGCGAAUGAGAGAGAAAGUCAGAGGGAAAAACACGUUUUCUCUUUGCGAGAUCCGAAAGUGGGCAACCCAUAGCAUUCAAUGGGCACAUAGGAUCAAACGUAAAGCAGCGCUUUCUUGGCAGAGUUUUAGGGGGCAAGAGACUGACGGACUUGUUGGAGCUGCUGAGCAUAACGAAUCAAAGCUGAAGACGGAUCAAAGUAGCUUGCCGACGAAGGAUGGAAGGUGCAAAGUCGAUCGUGCACCUGUCACUUAUAUAAUAGCCAGUCAUCAAUUGGAAGCGGGCAAGAUGGUGAUGAAUUGCGAUUGGUCUAAACCUCCGACCAGCAACUAAUUGGAAAAUUACCAGACUAUUAGUCAAUGAUUCCAUAUAAUAAUCAGUUGGUAAUGGCAAAGAACUCAACAAUUGCUGGAUGGAGUUGUUAUUGCCAAGGAAUUUCUAGGGAGUGUUUUUCCUGACAACUUCUAUUAGUUUGAAUUCUUCUUUGUUUGAAACUGUUUUUGUUUUUCCCGUUUCUCCUAUGAAAUUAUGUGCGGUUUGGACAAGUUCA